AUGAAGUCAGUGACUAAUUAUACAUCAUGUGUUUAUGCAUGUAUGGUAUUUCCGAGAAUGCGAAACAACCCCGUACAAUUUGGCAUCGUCUUUAGUUAAAAGGAACUCAGUACUUCGGUAACUGCAUCUUUUCACAGCCGCGUGAACUUCUCUGAAGGUUAGUAAAAUCUGCAGGUCAGAAUCAAUAUGUUGCGAAGUAUGUUUAAAAAACAGUCCAGCUUUUACUAGUAAAGACUAGGAAAGAAAAAAGCAUGGGCAUUAGCUAACGACAUAAUUUAUUCACCUCGCUCAGCUAUCGAAGACUGUAGAGUUAGUAUUUUUUAAGGAGCUGUUUUAAGACUGACCCAAAUAGCUCUGUUCGAAGUAGGAUUGGGAAAAGAAUAUAAAUUUUGAAUAGGGAGCGGAAGACCGUCAUUGAAGUUUUCUCCGGUCAGAUGUUGCAUCUGGGGUAUUUUGUUUUUCGAAAGCGCGAUCAGCUCAUCUAAUUCAGGGAAAGGUUACCCACUCUGAAGCAUAAAAAUCAGUGUGGCGGAAAUAACGAACAAGAACGCGACUAGCAAAACUGUCUCAGUAAUAUACUAUUGUAUCAUGCCGUCACAAAAUAACUUCUGGGUCGGGACUUUCCCUUUGUUUCACUUUCUAGCAUACUUAAUUUCUGGCUAUGAAUGCUUGAUUUCUAAGUUAGCAUCAUUGUCUUAUUAGGGAUCAAAAAAUUGUUAAGCAUGCUCAGUAAUAAUUCAUGCUUGUCACGCUUAGUGAAAAAUGCUAUUUUUUUCUUGAGAAUAAUAUUCCAUUAGCUGAAAUGCUGAAAACGUUGUAUAUUACUAUGACAAAAUUGUGUUCAAACUCUAAGAACUAAUUUCUAAUUCUCUCUUUGGAACGCAUCAGUGCACAGUUUAAUAUUCCGAUCUGCAUGAAGACUUUAAUACUUCAGUAUCAUUCUGAGCCAACACUGUAAAGCGUCACGCGCAUUUUCAUGCGCUUACCGUAUGCUUUUCGCUAGAAUGUCAAAAUUUCUGACACAGGGAAAAAGCCUUUAGGUCCUUUAGUUAAAACCGUCUCCCCUCCAAUGACCUGGCUCUCUUAAAAACAGUAUGAUCGUCGGUACUCUGGUGAUUGCCCUCUGGAUCCUUCUGUGAGUAAUGUGCGAAAGAGUUAUUUUGAAACCGAAGUUGAGGUCGUCCCACGUUGGGUAAUCAAGAUAUUUCUGGAUUCUGGAUUCUACACUGUGGAUUCCGGAUUCCAAGUUCUAGAAUUCUGGAUUCCUUAUCGGUGGAACUUGGAUUCCCGAUUCCAGCCGUAAGAAAGAUGCAGGAUUCCAAAGCCCACAAUUCCCGAUUCCACAUGAAAAGAAUUCUCGAAUAACGGGUUCCACAAGCAAAACUUUUCCGGAUCCGGGAAACCGGGGUACUUACCAUUUACUUCCACCCGGGUGGUUUGUGUCAGUUUGUGUAAAUACCGUAUUUAUUCGAUUAACCGCCCUGGGCGCUUAUUAAAUUUUUGGACCUUGAAAGUGGGCGCUUAUUCGAGGCUGGGCGCUUAUUAAAUUUUCACCAUUUUCAGCAAGUGAAGUAUGUUUAUUUUGAAACAAAAUAAUAAACGCGAAGAAGUAACAAAGCAAGGUUUUUGUAAAAUACUCUGAAGAAAACUCCGUCCUCGGGGAAGUUAUUCACUCAAGUGGGUGGGGCGGGGGUGAGCGCUUAUUUGAGUUUGAUUGGGAGAAGGAGGGGUGGGCGCUUAUUCGAGGUUGGGCGCUUAUUAAUUUUUUCUCCCUUUAGGAUGGGCGCUUAUUCGAAGUGGGCGCUAAUUCGAGGUUGGGCGCUUGUUCGAAUAAAUACGGUAAAUGGUAAGCUCCCCGGGUUUCCUUGCAUGGUGCGGUUGACAGAGGUAAUUCCGCGCGGUGAUUCUUACCUGAUGUUCACAGUCAGUUUACAUUUUCUCACAAAAUGGAGGUUUUCACACUAGAGAAUGAUUGGCCGUCUAAGGUGACUGAGUUAUCUGUUGGGUAAUCCGUGUCAGACGGAUGUGAUAACUGGAUGGUUUUUAUUUUUGGAUGAAUCAUUCGUGAUUUUGUAUAUAUUUGUCUGUUUAGCCGUCCAUCAAGACAGCAAACGGUUAACCCCAUUAACAAUUUAGCAGGUACAUUUUCUCUUCUCUCUGUUUUUUUAGGACCUAUUUUGUCUCUAGUUUAUCAAACCUUUGGGAAGGACGGCAAAAUAACACAAUGUCAGGAAGCUGUGCCGUACCACUGUGCCUUCCUAACAACUGUAGGUGGGACGAACAGACUGGUGAAUACAGCAAGGCUGGAGGGGAAAGGCAAAGCCUCUAUGUAGUCGAAAAAGCUCUCGAAAGGCUAAGAAGCAUCAAAGGUAACCUGUAUUUCUCUUAAAAAUUUCGUCUCACAUUUCCUAUUGUUAUACUACCCAUUCUUUUACUCUUCCUAGCUCUUCCUUCUAUCUUUUUCUUGUGUAAUCCCCAGGUAGUGAUCGAUAAAUCAUGAGUGAUGUUGUAGCGUACUCAGUAAACGGCGGGCUGUUUUUCUCUACUUUGUUAUAUGUUGUUGUGGACUUGAAGGUGGAGAAUGUUCACUGAACUGAAAUAGGGGGCAAUACAUUUUUGAGCGACGCACGUCAACUGGAAGUGAUGCAUUUCCCUUUUCCACGCCUUGACGCUAGUACAUUUUUAAUUGCUAAGUGUUUUUACUCUUAUAAAGACGAUUUUCUAAAAAAAUAGGCAAAAUCAAUGCCUAUAAAAGAAUGCAAAAAGUGUACUUUUAGUUGACAUGCGUCACGGCUCAAAAACGAUAACACCGUUCGGAUGCGGAUCCAGAAAAUUAAGGAAAAGAGGGCCGCGGAGGACUUUCCACGUCGAUAGAUAAUAUUUUCAUUUAUUGGCUUACUCUGUCCGGAAAACAAACACUCUUUAGGUGAUUAAAUCAUCAACGAACGUAAAUAAUUUAGAGGUAUUGAACUUAAUUACUAUCAGGAUAGUUAUUUAUUACUGGUUUCUAGCCGUAAUCUUUUAUUUCUUUUAUUAUUAUUAUUAUUAUUAUUAUUAUUAUUAUUAUUAUUAUUAUUAUUAUUAUUAUCAUUAUUAUUAUUAUUAUUAUUAUUCUGAGCAUUGUGGUUUUUAGUUGAGAUCUUGAGAUCUUUCGUACACACACUAACUUAGUUUCCAACUCAAUUUAGGUCCCGUUUGUGUGGUGUCAAUUGCUGGGCCUUGUCGCAAAGGCAAAUCGUAUAUCCUCAGCAAAGCAUUUGACCAAGGAGAGGUUUUCCCUCUUGGACACUUUCUGGACCCAGAGACGAUGGGUAUCUGGAUGUGGGUUGUGCCAGAAAAGUUGAAAGUAAGCUCUUAGUAAUAAUGACGUCUAGUACGAUAUAUUAGGAAACUUAAGAUGCAGUCGAUCGGUAGGUCGACGACGACGACACUGAAUGUAAACAAACAUGUAGAAGUAGUACAACUGUGAUGUUCGUUCGCAACAAAGUUUUUUCGCAAAGGCGUCUUUUAAGACGAUGCAAGAUCUUAUUUUAUACGCCGUACGUCUACUUUCAUUGACGAUGAAGCAUUUUUAGUGUUGUCUGACCUUUUCGAAUGGAAAACUCUCUGCUUUCCGUACGAAGGUUAUUCAACUUUCAACCUGAAUGAUAUGACCGAGUCCGAGUGUCUGUCAGAGUUUAGAUUUGGAAAAAGAGACAUUCCGAUGCGAUAGCUGUUUUCCAUAUAAAGUUCAUUUCCUCUAUAUUAAAGAUAUAUGAUUUGCCUGAACUAAAUGCGUACAAAUAAAUUUGUCACUUACGAGUUCGCUCGCUCGGCCUGCACAGCUCAGUGUUGUCUUCGAAGUAAACACAAUUAAUCAGUCAAAUUUUCAAUCAACAUCGCUUGCUAGCAGAAAAAAAGAAAGGAUACCUGGAUUUACGAGGUGAAAAAAUACACAGCCCUUGAAAAAUCGCUUAAAAACAGGGAGUUAUACCUGCCGAAGCUUGUGGACUGCAGGACGACGUGACUCUACUGUGUUUGGCGUCGUCGACGACACCACGACGACGAAAUUUGUUAACCGCGCUUGCGCAGUGCACGGUAUCUCACUUCCGGUCGUCGUCGACAAAGUCGUCGUCGUGGUUCUUAAGUUCCCUAUUAACUGCUGAUACUGUCUUUUCAAGUCAUCUCCAGCAUUACUGGGCUGGAUAUGACUUGAAAAGACAGAUCUGACCAACUAUUUGGUGUGCAUGGUUUGCUUGUCUACCUACCCUAGUGCCCUUGUCGCUAGCCUAAGAUCUGUGAAAUGCUGAUAGCGCAUAUUAGUUCCUAAGGCCAUUUUUUCAGACUCUGGGCCUAAAAAAGUCUUGCUCCAUCUCUCGAAAAGCAUUAUUAUUUAUUGUACAUUAUUUUCCGUAUGAAGCCCAACCCAUCGAAACCUAUUUUCCUUUUAAUGCAUAGGACGCCAGUGGCCAGGAAUUUACAGUGGUGCUGUUGGACUCGGAAGGAAUUGAUGCGGUGACCAGUGAUGGUUCUGAUGAUCACUGUAUAUUCACUUUGACCAUUUUACUGGCCUCAGUUUUGAUUUACAACUCAGCUGGUGUUCCUACCCGGACUGACCUUGAUGGACUUGAGUAUCCUUGAACAGCUAAUACUUUUAUCGUACUUACUUGUGUAAGGUUAUUAGUAAGCUUUGUAGUGAAACAACACUCAUUUAGACGUGUAUUGAAAAAAAAAAAGAAUACGCAUCGCAUUCAAAGCGAUCUCUUUAAGAAGGACUUAGUCGGAACAAGAACUAAGUUUCUGUUUUAGAGAGGUGUCCGUCUCGUAGACAGUCGGGCAAAUUAAAGAAAAAGCUGUCGGAACAACAGCAGGGACCAACCCUAGGAAUCCUUUAAAGUGAGGUGUAUGUCUGCUAAGAAAGAAUUGAUUGGCAAAUAUAAGAGGUAACGGGAGUUUAUAUGGAUAUAGUUAACAUUCCUUAAUGAUUCAAAGCUUCAUACUGAAACUUUCUCAGCGAAUUCAGCUUCACUCAUCUGAUUCAACCGCCUCAGCAUUGCAGCAGAAUGAAGAUGCAAACCAUUUCCACAAAACCUUCCCAUUCUUCAUUUGGCUGUUAAGAGAUGUUGUGCUUGCACUCCCUAAAGAUUGUCACAAUAUCAAGGAGUAUUUUCUGACAAGGGUAAAAGGAGAAUUAUUUACAAAUAGUGUGUUGAUACAGCUCAAGAGACUGCAUAAGAAAACACUCAGCCACCACUAGUUUCACCGCGAAAUGACGCAUGAGGAGCGAGCAACUGAGAAAUUCCAUAAACUAAUGACGUAGAGUGCCACUACACAGCUGAUUGGUAGAGCCGUCAGGGUAACGUGCUUCAACCAGUCAGAGGCACUUCUCAAAUCUUUUUGUUCGCUUAGCUCAAGAUCAUUUCUUAUAUCCUGAGCACCUGAUUAGGAUCAUAUUUAUCAUCGUUGAAGGAAAAUAAGUCACACAUGAGAAUCGAUCGUUAAAAUAAGCAUAAAAGCACUCUUACUAACCAAACGGCAACUUACAGAAUGUUCGCACAUUGCACGGAGUCUAACAAAAACUUUUCGGCAGAUAAUGGUAGAUCUUUUUGUUAUAUAGCAUAGUAAUAACCUUCGUCAGCGUACUGCGUUCUGUUUAAUGGCGCAUUAAGAAAAAUAAGUGCAUCAACAAAAAACGUAUAAGUGCUAAUGUGAAGCUAACUUACCACCUUUUUCAAUCGAUAGGUGUUUAACUCAUCAGCAGACUCAAAAGGUGAAGUCGCUUCUAAAGUGGCCGAGAGCAUUUUGAAUUUCUUCCCUGGGUUUGAGGCCUUUAAACUUCCUCCUCCUUCUUCUGACCCAGAAGUUGUAUUAAAUCUUAAUCGAGAAGAGGUGCAGGGUGACGUAAACAAGUCGUUUGUGCGGGGAGUGGAAGAAUUCAAGGGGAUGCUGAGGUCCAAGUUAACGCCCAAACGCAGCUUUCGUGAUGGAGAAUAUGUAACUGGCGAAGGUAAUAACUGAAAAAUUUAAUGUAAUUCUGUUUACAGAUAUGCACAUCGUGGCUCUUCUUUAUGUUCUUUUGUUCGUUAUAAUCUAUUUUCGCUGGUUUCAGGUUUCCAUUAAUAUCAAAAGCACGACAUUGAUAUAGUAAUACCUUUUUCGUUUUUUUUCAAGAUGAGUAACACCGCGCCUGGUCAUUUAUAAAGCAAAUUUAAAUAAAGUUCAGAUAUAACACGCCCCCUGAUUGGAUGGAAGCGUGCUUUAUGAGAGUAUAAAACAAGGAGCUAAAGUUUGCUUUAAAAAACUAGAGAGUGAUGCGUUAGGAAUUUAACGGUUUCUAGAGCACUCAAGAAGUAGGGAGAAGCAGUCUCGUGUUUUACCCUUGCAUUAUACCUUUCGAUCGUUCUCUUGCCGCUUCCUGCGUGCUUCAGUGGUGCUUUACAACAUGUAAAACGGAGUAAAGUCAAGGCUUCUUUAUUUGUUAGGUAAAUGGUAAGUUGUGGCAUUAUAUUUUUGUAUGGCUGUUGAAUCAAGUAGAUUGACCUGAGAGUCAUGCUCUAGGUGUAACUAUCCGAUUGACGAAAGGCUGUGAGAUAUCAUCGCAUCAUAAUCUCGAUUAUUUUCUGAACUUUUUUUUUUUUUUAAGCCCUAGCAGCUCUCGUCAAUAUUUACGUUGAGGCAUUGAACACUCCUGGAACAGUUCCUAGUGUACAGAGCGCCUGGGAGACCUUUGUGCAUACCAAGUGUUCCGAGGCAAAAGCUAUCGCCAUGCAGAUCUAUCAAAGCGCCAUGUCAUCUCAGCUAGAUGGAACACUACCUCGUGAGAGUGACGAGAUUCGCCAAGUUCAGCAAGCGGCCAUUGAAGAAUGUAUGGUUAGGUUUCAAACUGAGACAGCUGGAGUGUCUGCUUUAAGCAGUGAAAAGUACCUGGAUGAACUGACGGUAAGGAACAGUAUGAGAUCGCCCCAUGUAAGGAAAUUCGGGUUCCAGAAUCAGGGGAAAUUUUACUUGUGGAAUAUGGAAUCCUAGGCUUGGAAUCCGGAAUUUCAUUAACGAAGGCUUGGAAUCCGGAAUCCACGGAGUGGAAUUCAAAAUCCAAGACUGGUUUGGAUUCCUUUACAUAGAGGGGAAUGAGGUGUCACAUCUGUGCUUUGUAAAUUAUAGCCCAUGUGUGCCCAGAUCACUACUCAAUACCUUUAGAAGAAGAAGAACAAGACGAAAGUAAUUCAAAGUAAAAAUGGCACAUGUCCACUGAAUUUUCUGGGGUGCAUUAAAACUAACAUCUGACGAAACUGGUAACGUCUGGCGUAAAAAAAAAAAAAAAAACAGAGUUUGAUUAGGUUGUACGUCAGGCGUAGCGCUGAACCUCUGCCCCUAAAAUAAGAACUGACUGAUCUGAACGUCAAACAUUACUUGCUACGUCCGACGUCAACAUUUAUGCAACUGGCCCGUGAUCCUUACAGAAACAGUGUAAAAUAAGGAAAAAAUUGAAUUUAAACGCGCACCUUUCUCUACCCAUAGGAGCACAUGGAAAAUGGCCUGAAGCAUUGGCUGGAGGAGAACAAUCGUUUAACAAGACAAGAGUGCCACAAGCUGCUGCGUGAUCUGAAAGAGCAGCAUUUGGAUCCUAUCCUGAGACAGCUCAGUGGGAAAGAUGGAGCUUCUGUCACCUUUGCUCAAAUAAUUGGAGGUUACUCUGCUAUUGAGCAAGGAUUUAAAACUCAUUCUAGAGGAGCCAAGGAUGUGUGUGCGCAGAUGUUUUACGAGUUCCAUCCGGUAAGGUUAUAUGUUCAAAUUCCAUGUUUAGGAGAAUUAAAAGAAAUACGUUUCUUUUUUCAGAUUGAGUUAUGAGACACAGUAAAACAUCAAUAAUGUGACAUGUUCUCGAACAGUUCAGUAGCCUUUAGUUUACGAGCUCAGAUGCCCUCUCCCACAGACUUGAAAACCCUUCAGGAGGCACCAUCUCUCAUAUCUAAGUCUUACAAACUAUCCUGGACGUGCCUAAAAUUUCGUAUUGGUAUAUGACCUUGUGUCAUUCCUCGCUAGAAAACUGAUAAGAAACUCACUCAGUAGAUGGGAACAUCUCAAGUACUUUUAGCAUAACGCCUUCUAUAUUGUCCUAAGAUUGCAUAUCUCUUGCCUACAUAGGAAAUGCAAAAGGAAAUGGAAAAACACAUGGCGCACUUGCAACAACUGAAAGACUUUGAUGAAACUUUAGCCUUAGAGAGAGAAGAAAAAGCCCGUCAGGAACAGGAAAGGAGAAGGAUUGAGGUAAAAAUAGUAAAAUAACUGAGCGCGUUUUUAGAAGCGUGAACAGGUAGAGGAAGUUUUACAGUAAGGAUGAUCAUUGAACUUGUUCAUCUGAUUGACAAGUAGAGACGACAUUUUUACUUAAAAAAUGACUUCAAAAGUAAACUCGAGUAUUUGUAAAAACAAAGAAUUUAGUCUUCAACUCUAAAAUCUACAGAAAACAGGUUUAUAACUUAAAAGCACAGCAGACUUUAAAAGAAAAAAAAAAGGUUAUCGAGAGACACCCGGCCUAAAAUUAAUGAUGGAAACUGCACUUUUGUUGUAUUUGGUUCUUAUACGCCUCGAUUGAUACUGUAAUGAACACUUUGUUACGUUAAAAAAAGAAAACAAACCACAUUGCUGAUGGAUCAUUCUUUAAAUGUACUAACUCUUUGGGAAUCACAAUUAACCAAGUGUAAUUUUUUUUUUUUCUCGGACCUGUAUUUCAAUGUUCGCUUGUAAAAUACACUGUAUACCAAUUAAUCCUCAGUAGAGAUCUAUUUCAACAGGGCUCAGUACAACUUCGAUGAAUUCGUGCUCAACUACGAAUUUUUUAAGGCUCUUAAAGUAUAGUUGUAAUCACCUCAAAGAGGUGUGUUCUUUUCAAUCCUGACUUUUAUUUUUAAUUUAUCUAGGAGGAAAACGCGCGCCUCGAGGAGGAACGUCGCACGAAAGAGAAAGAGGUUUGAACAAAUUCAAUUUUACGUGUAAACAUUUUCUGCUGUAAAAUACUACUUUUUCUGUCUUCCUCAUCUCGAGGUAUUUGCUAUAAGAAAAAUGAUGUCGCUCUUUUGUAGAUGGAGCUUCUGCGGAUCAAACAAGAGGAGGACAGGAGACGCUUGGAAGAACAGUUUAAAGCAGACAUGGAGGCUCAAAGGGAACAAAUGAGCAACAUGAUGACGGCAAACAUGGACGAACUGCGAAAGGACAGGGAAGCAAUAAUUCAGCAAAACCAGACGCUCAAGGAAACAAUGGAGCAGAUGCACCAGUCUAUGGAGCAAAGGAACGCUCAAAUGAUCGAGCUUCAGAAGCAAAUCAUUGCACUUGCUAACCGCCCACCUCCACCACCACCGAAAGGUGGUUGUGUUAUUCUUUAAGAUAAAACUUUUUUUUUUCGUUUUGCUUAGCUGAAGGGAUGAUAAGGUUAUAAAAAAAAAAAAAAACUUUUUCGAAUAGUUCAAGUCUAAAAUUUUGAACUAAAUUCAGAUUUAACAAUUGAUUACAAAAUUCAAGCAUGAUCUCUUUCCAAGAGGAACUUCAAUGAAAUGAUCUUUGUACUGGGAUUUAGUAUAACCUCGAUUCCCAGACUGAGGAACUUGGUAAGGUCAAUUAUUUUAACUUAUUCUUCUUCCAGUAGUAUAAACUGGCAUCGAUAUCACUGUAUCUUUGACUGCUAUAAAUUAAAAUGUGAACUGGAU